AUGUCUCAACCCCAGAUGUCCCCUGAAAAAGAGCAAGAAUUGGCCUCCAAGAUUUUGCAUAGAGCUGAGUUGGCUCAGAUGACGCGUCAAUUAAAGCUUGGUUUAAGUAAUGUCCCAUCAACAAAACGAAAACAGGACUCUACAACAAAGAAAAGAAGCGGAGAGGAUGCCGAAGAUGUUGAUGAGGACCACAAAACUCUUUUGGAAGCCAUAUCGCCUGCGAAAAAGCCUCUCCACGAUGAUACAAAUAAAAUGACUGUUAUAUCGCCCGUAAAAUUUGUAGAGAAGCCAAAUACUCCCCCAAGUUCACGCCAACGAAAAGCCGAAGACCGCUCACAGCAGAUCAAGCCUAGGAAGGAGGACACUCCAUCUACUCCGAGGGCUUCUGCUACACCUAUAAUCUUACCACACGCUUCGUCACACUACCAGCGCCCCCAUGAUAAGAAUUUCAUGACGCCAAAACGUAAUAAUAACAACAGCAGUAACCAUAGCAAUAACAAUAAUAAUAUCAAGAAGAAGGCAGCAGGCUCUAAGGAUGCUCCACAGGACAGCGACAACACUGCGGGCGCUGAUCUCUUAAUGUAUUUAGCCACAAGUCCAUAUAAUAAGUCAUCACAUCAUGGAACACCGAUGGCCGUAAGGAUGCCCACUACUCCACGCUCUUAUCAUUACGCGUCGCAAUUGAGUUUGAACGGUAAUACAGCAAGCACAUCAAACGAUGCAGUAAGAUUCUCUCAUAUCAAACCUUCAGCGUCUUCUCCGCAGUCCACUUUCAAAUCUAAUCUGUUACCGAAUUUUCCGGACGAAUCUCUCAUGGAUUCUCCAUCACUAUACUUGAGCAAUAAUAACGGUAGUGUCCAGGCGACACUAUCGCCACAGCAGAGAAGAAAGCCCACCACAAACACAUUGCAUCCACCUAGUAACGUACCUACCACGCCUUCAAGAGAAUUGAACGGUACCAAUUUUAACUUACUCAGGACGCCCAACUUCAACAUGGGAGACUAUCUGCAUAAUCUUUUCAGCCCUUCACCAAGGGUCCCCGCCCAGCAGGGAGCGUCAAACACGUCAGCUUCAAUUCCUUCUGUUCCAGCGAUGGUGCCCGGAUCAUCUUCCAACACUUCUGCGAUAGCAACAGCUGCUAUAUCAAGCCACACCACAAACAAUUUUCUAGAUAUGAACGCAAACGGGAUCCCGCUCAUUGUAGGACCCGGCACCGACCGUAUAGGCGAAGGGGAGUCCAUUGAUGACAAACUCACUGAUUGA